AUGAAGGCUUCAAACCAUUUAAGCGUUUUUCUUUUAUUUUUAUUUCUAAUUGCAAUAAUUCCCUGUUUGGCUGUUUAUUCGGAAAUACCAAUUGAGAAAUUAGACUACGAAACAAUUAAGGUGAAUGAAAAAAUACGAUCCAAAUCAAGGAAGGAUGUACUGAUGAUGAUGUCACUUGUAUGUGGAAGCAUUGUUCUAGCCUAUGCAACCAUCUGGGGAAUGAGAAUUCAUCAUACAUUGAAAUUUGACCAAAGAGACCAAAUUCCAGAUCAUGAAAUAAUGACCGAAAUGGAGGAACCCAGAACGUCUCCUUAA